AUGCAACCUUCGGAUAUCUUUGUAGGGUCGAUCGACCAAGGCACAACGAGCACCAGAUUUCUAAUCUUCAAUCGAGAUGGGGAGUCUGUCGCUUCAUAUCAAGUUGAAUUUAGCCAAAUUUAUCCAAACCCGGGAUGGCACGAGCAUGACUCUCUCGAGCUCAUCUCCUCAGUAGAAACAUGCAUCUCUGAAGCAGUCCGCGAAUUCGAAAACAAAGGCUACUCUCGUAGCAGCAUCAAAAGCCUUGGAAUUACCAACCAGCGAGAAACAACAAUAGUCUGGGACCACGAGACCGGCGAACCCCUUCACAAUGCCAUUGUCUGGACAGAUACCCGAUCCCAGUCCAUAGUGAACGACUUGAAACAAAAACCGGACGCAUCCACUCUCCAAUCCAUCUGCGGUCUACCGCUGUCAACUUACUCCUCUGCCACAAAGCUCUUAUGGAUGCUAGAGCACGUCCCAAAAGUAAAAGAAGCGUUCGAUCGGGGGACCCUCGCGUUUGGAACCGUCGAUUCGUGGCUUGUAUACCGUUUGAACGGAGGCGUACAAGCCAACGUGUUUGUCUCGGAUUCGACAAACGCCUCACGGACCAUGUUUGUGAAUUUAGAGUCGCUGCAAUACGACGAUAGGCUUUUAGACUUUUUUGGAAUCAAGGGUAAGGUUCAUCUCCCGAAGAUUGUUCCCUCUUCAGACGCGGGUGCGUAUGGGGCGAUUGCUACCGGUGCUCUUGCGGGUGUUCGGAUUAUGGGCUGCUUGGGCGAUCAGUCUUCCGCGUUGGUUGGACAGAAAGGGUUCUCACCUGGAAUGGCCAAGAACACCUAUGGAACUGGGUGCUUCUUGCUGUACAAUGUUGGUGAUAAACCUGUUUUCUCGAAACAUGGGCUUUUGGCUACGGUUGCGUACAAUUUUGGGGGGAAGCCCGUUUAUGCUCUGGAGGGAAGUAUUGCCGUAGCUGGGUCGGGGAUAAAAUUUCUGCAGAACAACUUGGAUUUCUUCCAGGAUCCAAAGGAGGUGAAUGAUCUCGCGCUUUCAGUGGAAGAUAACGGGGGCUGUGUAUUUGUCACGGCUUUCAGCGGGCUUUUUGCACCUUAUUGGAUUGACGAUGCGAAGGGAACCAUUUUUGGUAUCACACAAUACACUCAAAGGGGCCAUAUUGCCCGCGCAACCCUCGAAGCAACAUGCUUUCAAACCAAAGCUAUCCUCGAAGCAAUGGAGAAAGACAGUGGGCAAGCUCUUACCGAAUUGGCUGUCGAUGGAGGAAUGAGCAACUCGGACCUAGCCAUGCAGACCCAAGCAGACCUCAUUUCAAUCCCUGUCUACCGGCCAAAAAUGCGCGAGACUACGGCAUUAGGCGCAGCAAUCGCCGCAGGACUCGCAGUCGGUCUAUGGCGAAACUUCGCCGAGCUCCGAGACAUCAACCGCAGUGGAGGAACAGUCUUCGAACCCCAGAUAACUCGCCAAGAUAGCGCUAGCAAGUUUGGUGAGUGGGGAAAAGCAGUACGGAUGUGUCGAGGGUGGAUUGGAGAGAAUCAUGACAGCUUGAAGGAUACCAGUUGUGCCAAUGGAACAGUCGAAACACAGACUCAUGCGGUACCCGUACCCACGGUGAAGGUGGAAAGGCCUGCUCCGAACAGCAUCAAGCCAAAUUACACCUCUUCUUUAUUGUCUGAUAUUGUUUCCGCUGGUGCAGGUGCGACUUUGAAGCUUAAGACACCAUCACAGAGUGGGGAUGCGGAAUUGCAGCCUAUCAAAAUGCCGUUGGUCAGUAUUUCUGGAGACUUAGAUAGUGCUGAUGAGGAGGAUUUGUUUUUGGAGUUAAGGAAGGUGGAGAUUUUGCAGAAGCUUAAGAAGAUUCGAAAGCUGAAGUUGAACUAUUACUAG